CAGGUCAGCUACCACCUGCGGUUCAGCUUUAGUCCCCGUAAUGCCCCGGCCAAGGAGAAGUCUGAGCUAAACAUCAACAAUGACUUUGACUGGCACACCCUCAACUUGUUCCCCCUCUUCCAACUGCCCGGGCCCAGGGAGCAGUACGACCUCCAGGGGGGCACGCCUGGUUACUUCCGCGAGGGCUUCCUGGCUGUGCAGCAUGCGGUCAACAAGGCCAUCAUGCGUUCCUAUAACAGCACAGGAGCAACCUGGCUCUUCUCCCACACCCGGGUGGUCCUCCGCCGAUUCCCCUUCCCGCCGUUCAUCUACGACGUGUUCAUCCUGGCCAUCCAGAACCAGCUGCCCCUCCUCCUGGUGCUGAGCCUCACCUAUACCUCUCUGAACAUCGUGAGGGCCGUGGUGCAGGAGAAGGAGAGGAAGCUCAAGGAGUACAUGCGGAUGAUGGGCCUCAGUAACUGGCUGCACUGGAUGGCCUGGUUCCUCAUGUUCUUCCUCUUCCUCGCCAUCUCCAUGUUCUUCGUCACGCUGCUCUUCUGCAUCAAGGUGAGCCCUAAUGGAGCUGUGUUGACCUAUAGUGACCCCACCCUGGUCUUUGUCUUCCUGCUUGUCUUUGCCGUGGCAACCAUCAACUUCAGCUUCAUGAUCAGUGCCUUCUUCUCAAGAGGUGUGUGUGUGUGUUUCAAGAGGUUUGUUUGUGUGUGUCUCAAAAUGUCUGUCCGACCUUCCAUCUGUCUGUUUAUUCAUGGUUUUCUAAAACCUCUGUCUCAAAAUGUCUGUCCGACCUUCCAUCUGUCUGUUUAUUCAUGGUUUUCUAAAACCUCAGCCGUCCUGUGCUAUCUGAGAGAUGCUCCAUUGUGUAUAGUAUGUUCUGUUACAGUUGAAGUUGGAAGUUUACAUACACUUAGGUUGGAAGGCUACCCAAAACAUUUGACCCAAAUUAAACCAUUUAAAGUCAAUGCUACCAAAUACUAAUUAAGUGUAUGUGAACU